AGCAUCAGGUCUCUCUGUGUUUUAUCUCAUUCAGAAGACCUUCAGUGAAGAAAAUGAAACAGAUUCUGCUGCUGUGUAUGCUGGUGGCACUCGCACAGUGCAUCAGGGUGCCAUUGAUUAAGGGCAAAACUGCACGGCAGAGGCUGCAGGAGAAAGGCCUAUGGGAGGAAUACAGAACUAAAUAUCCUUAUGUCCCCUGGGUCAAGUUUGUUCAGACUGGUCAAGAGUCCAUGACCAACGAUGCUGAUCUUUCCUACUAUGGUGCGAUCACCAUCGGGACUCCUCCUCAGUCCUUCACAGUGCUUAUGGACACAGGCUCGUCUAAUCUGUGGGUGCCGUCUGUCUACUGUUCAAGCCAAGCCUGCCAGAACCACGAUCAGUUCAAUCCACAGCAGUCCAGCACUUUCCAGAGCACCAAUGAGUCUAUCUCUGUUCAGUAUGGCACGGGCAGCAUGACCGGCUAUUUGGGAUAUGACACUGUGACGGUUGGUGGAAUCUCAGUGCAAAAUCAAAUCUUCGGACUGAGUGAGACUGAGGCGCCCUUCAUGGCCAGCCAAGUACCAGACGGCAUCAUGGGUCUGGCCUACCAGUCCAUUUCCUCUGAUGGUGCCACUCCUGUCUUUGACAACAUGAUAAGUCAGAAUUUGGUCUCCCAGAAUGUCUUCUCAGUCUACCUGAGCAGCGAUGAGCAAUCGGGCAGCAUGUUGUUCCUGGGAGAGAUUGACACCUCCUACUACACUGGCAGCAUCUACUGGAUCCCUCUAUCCUCUGAGAGCUACUACCAGAUCGCCAUGGACAGUGUUACCAUCAAUGGACAGGUUGUUGGUUGUAGUGGUGGUUGUCAAGCUAUUGUUGAUACCGGGACUUCCCUUAUUAUUGGACCAAGCAGUGAUAUCAGCAACCUGAAUGCCUAUCUUGGUGCUCAGACAGACCAAUAUGGAGAUGCUAUUGUGAGCUGCAGCAGUAUCCAGAGCAUGCCUUCAGUUACCUUCACCAUUAAUGGCUAUGCCUUCGCCAUCCCUCCAUCAUCCUUUGUCACCCAGGGCUCCAGCAGCUGCCAAACAGGUUUCUCAGGUGGCAACUUCGGAAGCAGUUUCUCCUGGAUCUUGGGUGAUGUUUUCAUCAGGAAUUGGUACACCAUCUUUAACAGGGCGAACAGCACUGUGGGCCUGGCUCAGCUGGCUUAAGAACUAAUGGCAAAGGGGUUGAAAUAUUAACCCUUUAUGUUUGUCUUUUAUAAAGUUAUAUGUGAAAACAUGUAAGAUAGCAAAUAAAGUGACAAACAAUAAAGGAAAAAUAACAUCAUCACAAAUCAA